AUGGCUCUUCAAGCCACGAAUGUUUACAGCACCAACCAAACUGCAGACAAUCUCAGCAGACAUGACAUCCUUAAUUGGAUUAAUACCUGUCUAGAAUCUAGCUAUGGCAAAGUAGAGGAGCUCUGUACUGGCGCUGCAUACUGCCAGCUCAUGGACAUGCUCUUCCCCGGUGUCCUUAACUUCAAAAAAAUAAAGUUUAACACCAAUUUGGAGCAUGAGUAUAUAGCGAAUUUCAAACAGCUGCAGGCCAUUUUCAAGAAGUUGGGGGUUGAUAAGGAAGUUCCAAUUGAAAAACUCGUAAAAGGAAAGUACCAGGACAACUUUGAAUUCGUCCAAUGGUUCAAACGUUUCUACGACGCAAAUUACACCGGUCAACCUUAUGAUGCUCUGGCAGCUCGUGGUGGUGAACAAAUAAGGGGUCAUGAAAAGCCCUCCGCUAGGAGUCGCCCAGCUCCUACCCGAACAACUAUCGCUACCACCGUCAGAACCGGUGACUCUCGUCCAGCUGCCACGAAAAACGCUGCUUCAGCAAGACCUGCAAUCUCGUCUUCCUCAGCGCCCCGUGCCAAUCCCCAAACUCCCACUGAUUCCAUGCAAAUGAGCGCUCUUCAAGAAGAUCGCAGAACCAUCGAAGGUCUCGUGCAGGAGCGAGAUUUCUACUUCAGUAAACUUCGCGAUAUCGAGGAUUUGUGUCGGGGGAUGGGCGACAACGCAUUCGCCAAAAAGUUUCUCGACAUUCUUUACGCGACUGAGGAGGGCUUUGUGCCGCCGGAGCCUGAAGAGCCCGAGGAGUUUUAG